CAUCCCAAGAGAGAGAUAACUUCAAAACCUCAUCCAUGUAUUUUAUCUACAUGUAAUCCACAGUUAGAAAAAUAAUUUGAACUUUAAUGCCAACAAACAUGUGACGAAAUUUCUCAGUCAAUUUCAGUAAUAGCUUUCAAAUCUUCAUUUUACAUACUUUUAAGGCACAUUUUCAGUUGCAAUGUUGACGUUAAUUAUUUUACUUUUUUCUACACUUUCUGUUUCAGAAUCUAAACCUAAUUUCGUUAUAUUUUUGGCAGACGAUUUGGGUUAUGGUGAUAUAGGUUGUUUUGGUAAUAGUACUUUACGAACACCUAAUAUUGAUAGUCUUGCCAAAAAUGGUGUUAAGCUCAAUCAUCACUUAGCAGCUGCUGCUGUAUGCACCCCAAGCAGAGCUGCAUUGUUGACUGGACGCUACCCCGUUAGAGCAGGUAUGGAGAGCUCUAACAGAAAUAAAGUUUUCUUCUUUGUUGCUGCUAGUGGUGGAUUACCUGAAAAUGAAACAACAUUUGCUCGUGCUUUGAAACAAGGAGGUUAUGCAACUGCUAUUAUUGGGAAAUGGCAUUUGGGCAAUGACUGUAAUUUCAAAGGAGAUGCUUGCCACCAUCCUAUAAAACAUGGAUUUGACUAUUUCUAUGGUUUACCUUUGUCAAAUUUUAAAGAUUUUGGAGAUGAUGGACAAAGUGUGAUUACUUCUUACAUUCCAAACUUUUAUUCAUACAUCACUGCCAUAAUUCUCAUCGGAAUAUCAAUGGUUUAUUUCACCUAUAGCAAGCACAAAAUGCUAAGUAUUGUUAUUUUUGUAAUAUUAAUAUUCAUUCCAAUUAUUACAACUGCAUUUUGUUUAAACCUCAAAACUAUCAAUGGCAUCUUAAUGCAAGAUAUGGAAGUUAUUGAGCAGCCUGUACGGCUUCAAGGAUUAACGCAACGUUUUGUCCAUAAAGCGAAACUAUUUAUAGAGCAGCAAGUAACCACCAAGACUCCUUUUUUACUCUAUGUGCCUUUUGUACAUGUACAUACAGCAUUAUUUUGCUCUUCAGAGUUUAGAGGUAAAAGUAAACAUGGACUCUACGGAGAUAACGUUGAAGAAAUGGAUUGGGCAGUUGGAGAAAUAGUAAAUAAAUUAAAAGAUAAUGGUAUUUUAAAUAACACAUUCAUAUAUUUCUCAUCGGAUAAUGGUGCUCACAUUGAAGAAGUUUCUGCAGAUGGUGAAAGAGAAGGUGGCUACAAUGGAAAGUUAAAAGGGGGUAAAAUGAUGGGUGGAAUGGAAGGAGGCAUUAGAGUUCCAAGCAUUAUUUCUUGGUCUAAAGGAAUUUCUAAUGCAGAAAUUACAGCAGUAACUUCACAAAUGGACCUUUUCCCUACAAUUAUGGAACUUGCUGACAUUCCUUUGCCUCAAAGACUUAUGGAUGGAAAAUCCCUUGUGCCACUACUGAAAGGGAAAUCUCAUCAGCAGCACAAAUAUUUGUUUCAUUACUGCGGAAAACAAAUCCAUGCAGCUACAUAUGUUUCAGGAAAAAAGAUUUGGAAACUGCAUUGGACUACACCUAAAUUCAUACCAGGCACUAACAGAUGUGAAUAUGUCUGCCAUUGCUUUGGAAAGUUUGUUAUUCAUCAUAAUCCUCCUAUUCUUUAUGAUUUGUCAAAUGAUCCUUCCGAAUCUCAACCUAAAAAUAUAUCAACAAAUUCAGAAUACUCUGAUAUAAUAUUUAAGAUAAAUGAAGCAAGAAAUCAACAUGAGGCCACAGUCAUGGAAGUUCCAGAUCAAUUUAGUUUCUUUAAUACACUAUGGAAACCUUGGUUACAACCUUGUUGCAACUUCCCCCAAUGUAAAUGCACAGAUCUAGACUUUCCAGCGUGAAGAUAGGUGUGAAUUCUAUCCAGCUACACAAGAGUUUAC